AUGUCCGAAUCCAUGGACGGUCCCGCCGGUUCGUCGCAUGGUCAGCGUCGGCUGGGAGGCUCUCCCCCCAAGCAACGCUCGUCGAGGAAGAGCACCGUCUCUAAAGUGCGCACUUCGCAUGCUUGCGAUCGCUGUCGCUUGAUGCGUACAAAGUGUUCUGGAGGUGAGCGAUGUGCCAAAUGUGUCAAAGAUGGCGCGGCCUGCGUCUAUGGUGAUCGCAAACGCGAGCGCAACAAAAAGGAUCUGGCCGAAAGUCUCGAUCGCAUCAGCUUGCUGGAAGAAGAGAAUGCUCAGUUGGUCGGUGCGCUUCGCUCAGUGACUGAACGGCCAGGUUUCCUCCCAGAGGAGAAUCCCCAUAUCUUUCAACUCCUGAACAAGUACUCUGAACAAGAGGACGAAGAAGACGAGCCUGGGGGCCCGCCAAGCAGCCAGACACAGAGCCGAACCGCGCCCUCUGUCUCCCAACUUCCAUCGUCCACGUCGAGCCAAGGUCGGCCGCGGCUGGGCGACGUCUACGGCGAGAGUAAGGCCAAAUCGAGCGUGGGGUCUCCUGCAAGACAGGGGGAGCUGAGCCAUGUCGUGACUCUGGAUCUGGGAGGGGGCGCCUCCGGCUUCGUUGGGAAGAUGUCAGAGAUCUCUUGGAUUCAGCGUGGAUUCGAGACCGUCCGGGGACACACUCCCGUUCACCCCGGUCCGCUGCAUGCGGCAGAAAUGGACGAAUAUCUCGCAACAACGACAGACUUCAUCUAUUACAUGGACGACAUCAAUGUUUUGUCUGUGGACGAGGAUUACGUGGAUCAGUAUCACUGGCCGGCCGAUGAAUCUCUGGUUAUUCUGUCGGAAGCCUUCUUUCACUCCAUGCAGGGCGCAUUUCAUUUUGUCCUCCGUGAGGAAUUCCUCCAACAGGCGUAUUCUUUUUCGGACAAGGGGGCUGCUCCGUCGUGGGGAAAGCGUCGAUGGUUGGCGCUGGCAAAUCUCGUGUGGGCUAUAGGGGGGAAAUGGCUGCAGAUUACCCAGCUGGCCGAAGGCGAUGCUAACGGAGAUCAUCUCAUCUACUACGCCAGGGCACGGGCGCUGGGCCUUGACCACAGAGUGAUGUUCGAUCAUCCCGAUAUAGAACGUGUCCAAGGCAUUGGCCUUUUGGCUUUCUACCUUCUGGUCAAUGGAUCUAUUACUCGAGCCUGGAAUACGCUGGGUCAUGCUACCCGCCACGCCACGGCCCUGGGCCUGCACUUGAACAUAACGGAUCCCGCCGUGAGCGAACUGGAUAAGGUACGGCGAGCCCGGACGUGGUAUUCACUCUACAGCCUGGAGAUCUUGAUUGCCGAGAUCACGGGGCGGCCGAAAUCCAUAUCCUUGUUGGAUGUGACUAUACCGAUCGAUCUUUUCUAUUCAGUUCCGCAAGAGACGGAGCAAUUCUCUGGCCAAAUCGACAAUUUUCGCUCACCUUCUGCUUCGAGAAAGAUGUGGCUCGACUACUUGAACAAUGGCCGCAAUGUAUCCCAGAUGACGGGUGGGAUGGUUCCCUGGAAGAGCUUUGCCUCGCUAGGACGUGGCGUCCCCACUUCAUACUUGCCUCAACGACUAUACCUCUGCCGGCUCAGUGACAGGGUUGCUUCGCAGAUGUAUAGCGGAACAUCUGAAGAUUCGUGGUCCCAAACCCAACGCAAAAUUGGUGACCUGCAGUCGGAGUUGAGGGCGUGGGCCGAAAACCUGCCGCAAGAGUUGGCUCUUCAGGGUCAGGAUUCGGGGGACUCAGAUCCGCGAGCCAAGAUCGAAUUGGGGUUGUAUUACCACAGCGUGGAGAUGAUCCUCCACCGUCCCUGCCUAUGCGAGAUUAUUAUCGAGGAGGAAUCGACCCAGUCGAAAGAAUUCAACCGCAGCUCGGCACGAGCCUGCGUCCAUGCCGCCAUGUCCAUAUUGUCACUGAUGCCCGACUAUCCCACCGCUCAUGAAGCGUACCAGCUACUUCCGUGGUGGGCCCUCCUCCAUUUUGUGGCACAAGCAGCGGCUGUGCUGCUGUUGGAGCUCGCCCUCGACGCGCAACACUUCAAGGACGAGGUACCACAGGUGGUGACGUACCUGCGCAAGGCCAUGGCGUACCUCUGGUGCAUGAGUGGAGGCUCGCUGUCCUGUUACCGCGCAUGGAGGAUAUUCAGGCAGCUGUUGACCGAAAUCAUCGAGCGGCACGAGGAACUGGAUUUGGCGGACGUCCCUGAGGAAGCGGCGCCUCCCCCUGGGUGGAACGACGAGCUGGAAGAGUUGACGGUCAAGGCUUUUACCUCACAAAGGUAUGGGUUUUCUUCCUAUUUACGGCACUAG